CCAUGAAUCAUCACUUGUUUUCUGUGUCUGUUAUUAUAUGCAUGUCAGACACUGUGAGUCCACUCUUAUAUAAAGGAGGUUUUCUCCUCAGUCUGCAUCAGUCUCAUCUAAACACGGACCUGAUUCCUCUUCACCUGGUGAACUCUGAGCUGUUGCGAUGGCCUGCCCAGAACUCAAGGAAAAAUUCGACAGGCACGCCGGGGAGGAUGGGUUCUUAGAUUUGGAAGAAUUCAAGAAACUGAUUAAAAGCGAAAUUGACAAUGAACGCAUCAGGGAGAAAGUCCUCAAUCGUGCCUCCACGAUCUUCAGUAAGAAGGAUGAGAACAAGGACGGCAAGCUCAGCUUUGAGGAGUUCGAGAAGUGCUCCCGUCUGGCGAAGAAACUCAGAGACAAGGAGAAGAAGGGCGAGCCUCUUGAGGAUUCAGAGUAAAAACACAACAUCAAGUGCAAAAGCUCUGAAAAAUCCCAGUGUGUAAAAUAUACAGACGCUGCCAACAGUAUCAACUGUUGUAUCAAAGUGUUUUCUGUUCCACCCUGGAGGAGAAUAAAUGUAAACUAUUA